CAGUAAACAGUUGUAUACUUAUUGACGAUGUUUACGUGACUGCGUGUGCAGCCUGAAUGUUGGAAGUUGCACAAUUUUUCUGCUUUUCCCUCAAUGUUUGCGAAACGUUAAUGGUUUCCACGAAGGAAACAGUGUCGAUUUACAAGUUAACCAAAAUAUUACACUUUUUUUGGGACCGAAACAAGCAAAUACAUAAGAGUGAUAAACUAUCGAUUGUACAUGUACUACAUUGUACCAUAGUGCAACUUGCCGAGGGACACUGAACCUCGAUGCCGACCGGAAACUCAAUGGACACAACCAGGUUAAUUGGAGGGGCUUGAAUUUCAAGGAAGGCCGGUUACUCGUGGUGAUUGCCGAUUAUCCGUGAAUUAGUACACCAUUCUGUUCAUUUGUUUAAAAAGGACAUGCUAGCCCAAUGCUUUCCCCAAACCUCAGUAGGCUUUAUGUUGAACGAAAAAUAAAAGUAAAAGUCUGCUAUUAAUAUUGGAGGUUGCCAGUGACAGGUUACAAAAGUAUUUUGAGAAAUCCUUGUUUAAGCGGGUUGCACAUUUUUCGGACUAUGGAUGGUGAUCUGACAAACGGCUCUUUUGACAAAUCGACGGAGAGCCCCCCAUACGAAUUCGAUGACUGCACAUUUCGGACUAUGGAUGGUGAUCUGACAAACGGGUCUUUUGACAACUCGACGGAGAGCCCCCCAUACGAAUUCAAUGACUACACACAGAGAGUCAUAGUGGCCGUCAUGUAUCUGAUCGUGAUUCUGCUUGGAACCGUGGGCAACAUUCUGGUCAUCCUGGCCGUGAUUUUGUCCAAGAAACUCCGUACCACCACCAACGCCUUCAUUGUGAACCUAGGCGUAGCGGACUUGUCACUUUGUCUUGUUCUCCCGUGGACGGUCAUCACGACGUUCAGCAUGAACGGCUUGCCGAUCGGUGAGUGGGUGUGCAGCAUGGCUGCCGUAGUACAGGCUACAGCUAUCGGUUGCAGUCUGUACACCCUGGCCUCCAUCGCACUGCAACGCCUACUGCUGAUCAAAUGGCCUAUGACUACCCAUCAAGUCAUCUACACACCGAGGAAGAUUGUCGUAUGGCUGGCAGUGGCUUGGUGUAUCCCUCUGCUUGUCACCCUCAUCCCACCACUCGCAGACGUGGGUGCGGUAGGAUACAACAAGAAGUAUCAUCACUGUGGAUUCCCAUCCACCCAUCCCCGCUCCAAAGACUAUGAUCUCAUCAUAGUUAUGGGGUUAUACCCUAUCCCUCUCAUAACCAUCAUCAUCUGUUAUGUUCUCAUCUGGAAGCAUCUUCGCUUUCAUGCUAAGAUGGUGACUGCCACUGAAUCCUCAUCCAAGUUGAUGACCACCCACAGGAACGUGGUGUUAGAAUUGGUAUCUACCAUGAAUAGCAACCACGCCAAGACAUCCACAUCUACACAAGGAACCCUCCGCAAAUCCCAGUUGAGUCGCCGUCAGACCAAGAUCACCAAGAACAUGUUCUACAUCAUCUGUGCCUUCAUGCUGUGCCUGACUCCGUUUGUCAUCUGCCUGUUCUGUGACUAUAGCGACCCAUUCCUUCCCUACGCCUCUGCGAUUCUGGCCUGUAACAGUUGUGUCAAUCCGCUCAUUUAUGCCACCAAACACCAUGACUUCAAGACUGUCUUUGGUUGCAUCCUGCGCCGCAAGUGGGAGAACAUCCCAGAACCCUCAGAUUUUCUGAAGACGCUGAUACCGGUUAAAAUACCAUGCUGUGGAGGGGGCGAUGUGGUCACCUGAAAUCUUUGUGGAUUUUUGCAUUUUAAAAUACUAUUUUGUGUUAAAACCAUUGGGAUUAUAGGCCUGAUCGUAUCCAUUUUCUUUUUGUGUAAUAAUC